AUGUUAACGGGAGCUGAUGACUUCCAUGAACUACAAAUAACACAAUACGAAGUUACGUCAAUAUUAAAAAAAGCUGGUAUCGAAAUUGCAAAAAUACAGUCAAAUCAUCCAUCUUUCAUCACCAAUAAUAAUGAAUUAAAAGACUUAAAUUUACAUGAACCAGCAAUUACAAGUACGCUUGGCAUAAAAUGGGAUUCAAAUCAGGACCAGUUUUUAUUUUCGUAUAAUCCGAGCAAGACAUACACGUCGUUAACCAAACGCUCAAUUUUGUCGAUCUCGUCGUCUAUCUUCGAUCCGAUGGGAUUGAUUGCUCCUAUAAUUAUUAAGUCACGAGUGUUAUUGCAAGAUUUAUGGAUUAUGAAGAUAGACUGGGAUACAGUAGUUCCGCAACAAAUUGGAAUUAAAUUCGAAAAUUUCAUUAACGACCUAAAUAAUUUGAAAUCGAUUAAAAUACCUCGAUAUGUAUUACAAACAGAUAUCAUCAACAUGCAACUACAUGGAUUUUGUGAUGCUUCAAUUCGAGCAUAUGGAUGCUGUUUUUAUGUGCGGGUUUGUAAUCAACAAGGACAUAUUUCAGUAAAUUUAUUAACGGCACGAAGUCGGGUGGCUCCGGUAAAGAAAAGAACCCUACCUCAAUUAGAACUUUGUGGAGCGCUUAUACUAGCUCAACUAUAUAGCAAAAUUGCGCCGAUAUUUAGCAAUAUACAUUUCCAAACAUUUCUAUGGACAGAUUCGACUGUCGUAUUACACUGGUUGCAACACCAUUCCUCCACAUUAACAACGUUCGUGGGAAAUCGAAUUUCUGAAGUACAAGAACUUACUGCAACUUGUUCUUGGAGACAUGUUCCGACGUCAAUUAACCCCGCUGACGUAAUAUCACGAGGAUGUUCAACUAGCGAAUUAUUGAAAUCCAACUGGUUAUCAGGGCCAGCAUUUCUAAAUCGAGAGUAUGAGGAAUGGCCAGAUUCAUGUAUAAGUAACACUCAAUGCAAACGAGAAGUAGAUGGUGCAAUUCGGAAAAUAGUUAUGAUAUGUGAAACACCCACAAAUCAAGUGCUACAAUUCAUAGAUCGGACCAGCUCAUAUCUUAAAGUUCUUCGUGUUAUUGGUUGGUUACUUCGUGUGCGUAACCGAGUUAAACAAAGGGGUCCUGAUCAUCAACAUAAUUUCACUAGUGAUGAGUUACGACAUUCUUUACAUUGCAUCAUCUGGAUCAUUCAAAGCGAACAUUUCUCUAAUGAAAUUCAUUGUAUAAACAACAACGUGGAAAUUAAGACUUCGUUGAAAACUCUUAGUCCCUUUAUUCAAGAGGUGGAUGGAUUUCCAUUGCUUCGUGUUGGUGGACGCCUUAUGCAUGCGAGUAUUUCAGAAGAAAGAAAACACCCUUUUUUAUUACCAAGACAUUGUCAUUUCGUUGAGACUUUGGCUAGACAUCAUCAUAUUGAAAAUUAUCAUGCCGGGUCUAAGGCGUUAAUUGCAAUUUUACGACAACGAUAUUGGAUCGUCAAUGCCAGAGGAUUAACUAGGAAGAUCGUACAUAAUUGUAUCAGCAGCAUACGUUAUAAACCAAAAUUGUUAAGCCAGAUAAUGGGAGAUUUGCCUGCGUCCCGUGUGACGCCAGGCAAACCAUUUGAAAAAUGCGGAAUUGACUUCUGUGGGCCUAUUUCUACUUAUUUGAAAAUUCGAGGAAAACAGCCCUAUAAAUGUUAUAUAGCAAUUUUCGUGUGUUUCACAACUAAAGCCGUUCAUAUUGAAGCAGUAACAGAUCUGUCGUCAAAUGCAUUUAUUGCAGCGCUAAAAAGAUUCAUUGGUCGCAAAGGACUACCUGCAGAAAUUUAUUGUGAUAACGCUACGAAUUUUGUAGGAGCCAAUACAAAACUGGUUGAACUUAAACGAAGCUUUGCUAGUGAAGCGUAUAAAAAUCAUGUCAUUAAUUUCUGUUCAAAUAAAUCAAUAUCCUUUAACUUUAUUCCACCUAGAGCACCACAUUUUGGAGGUAUCUGGGAGGCCGCCGUGAAGUCUGCAAAGGGGCACAUGUAUCGUACGCUGGUGAACAGCAAGUUAACAUAUGAAGAGCUCACUACCGUUCUCGUAGAAAUCGAAGCAAUCUUGAAUUCCAGACCGAUUUCACCUGUGUCGUGGGAUGCGAAUGACUUCGAAGCUUUGACACCAGGUCAUUUUUUGAUUGGGUGUCCCAUGAACUGCAUCAGUGAACCAAACAUUAAUCAAAAUGUAGAAGUGUCAUACCUCGAACGAUGGCGGCGCAUUACUGCAGUGAAACAACAAUUUUGGAGCAGGUGGUCAAACGAGUAUCUCAACGAACUGAUUCAGCGCAAUCGUUGGACUAAGGUUAGCAAUAAUUUACAGACUGGGACGCUUGUUUUGAUUCAUGAAGAAAACAUGCCACCAAUGGUAUGGGUGACAGGUCGCGUAACAAAAACCAUCCAGGGCAAGGAUGGUAAAGUUCGUGUUGCCGAUAUCCAGACAAAAAAGGGGAUCGUUCGUCGUCCAGUUCAAAAACUUGCUAUUCUAUGUGAUCCUUGA